AAUAAAGUGAAACUAAAAAAAUAAUUUUAGCUUGUAAGACAAAUAUUUUCACAGCCAUCGCAAACAUGAAAAAUCCAUUGGAGGGCAUGGUUGAGAAGCUCGUCUUCUGGAGAGGAGGGGCGGAUGUUUCUUCUGCAAAUUAUGGCUCAACGAGAAGUCAAGGUUCCGCCAAACCGGCCUCCGAAACAACAGAUCCCGAGAAAGGCGACAACACCCGGGAACAAUGGAGCAACCCCAUCGAGUUUCUGUUAUCAUGCGUGGCCAUGUCUGUUGGGCUGGGGAACAUCUGGCGGUUCCCGUUCGUGGCGUACGAGAACGGCGGCGGGGCGUUCCUCAUCCCUUACAUUGUUGUGCUCAUCUUCAUAGGCAAGCCCCUGUACUACAUGGAACUUUGCUUGGGGCAGUUCGCCUCCAGAGGGUCGGUCAAGGUCUGGGAACUUGCGCCUGCAUUCAAAGGUAUUGGAUACGGUCAGGCGAUAGCUACGUGGUCCGUGGUCACAUAUUACGUGUCACUGAUGGCGCUCACAGUCUUCUACUUCGUGGCGUCGUUCAAGAGCUCGCUGCCCUGGGCCACAUGCGGGGACUGGGCAUCAGAAGACUGCGUCGAUACCAUGGCUAACAUCUCGUUGAAGGAGAACUUUCAUCUUAAGUCAUCCAGUGACGAGUACUUCAACAAAGAGGUUCUUCAAAUUUCUCGGUUCGGUCUGGACCACGGCAUUGAUGCCCCCGAGUGGCGCCUGGCGCUGUGCCUGUUGGCGUCAUGGAUCGUGCUCUUCGUGGUGCUGGUAAAGGGCGUGGCAAGCUCCGGGAAGGUGGCUUACUUCACUGCCCUUUUCCCCUACGUCGUCUUGCUGAUCCUGCUUAUCAGAGGAGCUACUUUGCCAGGCGCCUACGAUGGCAUUCUGUUCUUUAUUACGCCUCAGUGGCAUAAACUCAUUGAACUCAACGUUUGGUAUGCAGCGGUUUCUCAAUCUUUCUUCAGCCUUAGCGUGGGCUUCGGAUCCAUCACAAUGUUCGCUUCAUACAACGGCUUCCGACACAAUGUGUACCGAGACUCCACCAUCAUCUCGGUGACGGACACACUCACUUCUUUGCUCGCUGGCUUCACUAUUUUCUCGAUUUUAGGCCACCUCGCCCAUCAGCUUGGUGUGCCCGUGUCGGAAGUCAUCAAAGAGGGAGGAACAUCCCUAGCCUUCAUCAGUUACCCCGAUGUCCUGGCUCGCUUCACAUGGGCUCCGCAGUUCUUUGCUGUGUUAUUCUUCCUAAUGCUUUUCACUCUGGGAGUUGGAAGUGCAUCGGCUUUGACGGGAUGCGUCAUUACAAUUAUUUGCGACGAGUUCCCGAAAUGGAACAAACCAGUCGUGACUUUGGUUGUCAGCCUUGCCGGUUUCUUCUUGGGGCUAUUCUACGUGACGCCUCAGGGACAGUACAUCCUCACGCUCGUCGACUACUAUGGAGGGGGCUUUAUCAUCUUCAUCUUGGCGGUGCUGGAGGUGGUGGCAGUGCAGUGGGUGUACGGACUUAAGAGGUUCUGCAUGGACAUCGAGUUCAUGCUCGAGCGCAAGACUGGCCUAUACUGGAAGAUCUGCUGGGCAGGCAUCAUCCCAAUUUCCUUGAUCAUAAUUUUCAUAUAUACGUUGGCCGUGGCCAAGCCUCUCACUCAUGGAAAAUACAUAUUCGGCACGGGAGCUAUUGUGUUCGGCCUGUUGCUGACUGUGGUCGCCAUAGCAGUGGUGCCUGUUUGCUUCGUCGUAGGCCUCUACAAGAGCAAGGAACCUACUUUCUUGUCCUCUUUGAAGAAUCUCUUCCGACCUUCAGAAGAAUGGGGACCCCAAGACCCUUCACUAAAAGCCCAAUACCUUCAGUUCAUCGAACCAUACAACGUAACAGAGUUUAGGCUGUUCUUGGUUUUAGUAAAUUUUGGUAGGAGAUUUCAGCACCGUGGCAAGACAGACGUCGAUGGAAUAGACAAUCCAAUGGGAGUUCAUGAUUAACUUUAAAUCAUUUUUUAUAUUUUCGAAACCCUUCUUGCAUUAUCAAGGCCAAAGAGAGCAACAGUCAGCAACCAGUGAUAGAUUUUCUUGUAAUGCUGAUUCCCGUCGAACGAUUCGCUAAAAGGCUGGGUUUCUGGUAAAAUCAUGUUCCAGCAUCUACUCAAAAAAUGAAAAAGAUAAAUAUUGUUGACCUUUGAAACAACCAUUUUUUCAAACAUUUGUCAUUUCACUCCAUUGUCUAAAUUCGUUUUUGGUACCAGUCCAUCCCGAUAUCAUCCGCAUUCGAACAUCACGAAUUCAUCACCAUAAAAAUCGAGUACUUUUGCGCGUUCUUGUGUCAAAAAACGGUAAAGACUCAUUUAAGUUAAGGUAGAGUCAUUAUUUAUUGAAAUAAAUGUUAACAUAUUCUUUACAUUCUCACCUAUGUGAAGCAUAAUGAUUCACGGUGUUGGGUGCCAUUGACAUUCACCACAUUAUGUAAACUAGUUAUAGCUAAGGUCAUAGGGUGUGUUGUUCUAAACGCACCCCACGAUUAAACUCUUAAAGCAUC